CCAAUCCACGACCGCGUACCACCUCCUCACCCGUAUGCUGCAUAUAAAGUAGGUGCCAACCCCACGGCAAUUUCGUUACAGAGAGCUCCAUCGCUGUUUCAUCCAGAGCCCCGCCAAUAUCUCCAAAAUUCUCCACGGUCAGGGAAAAGAGUGGUGCUAGAGAGAUGGAUGCCCGCGAUCUGCAGACCAUGAUCCUCAAGACGGCGGUGCCCCUGAUGGCCAUGGUGCUGCUGGUCACGGCGUCGACUGUCUCCAUGGCGCCGUACGACUGUGCCUGCGCCUACCUUCGCGCGUGCUUCGGCAGCAACUACUUCCUGAUGAUCGGCGAGCUCUGCCAGAUCAACCUGGCCCGUCUUCUGGCGAAGGAGGCCGUUCUGGCGCCGACGCUGGCGGCCCGGCGCUACUACACGGUGGGCGCCGUCGCGUGCUUCAUGGAGCUCGCGCUCAAGCUCUACAUGAUCCUGGUGCUGUGCCCCUAGGCGUGUGGAUGUGCCUGCCCAAGGAUCGAAGAUGGAUACUUUUGGAGUCUGAAGAUGCGCCGUUUUGUUCAGUUAUUAUUACUACUACUCUGCUAAGUUUACAAGUUUGGAAGGGGCAUGUCGUAUGGAGUUUUAGUUUCAAUUCAACUUGCCUGUCUAGAGAUGUUCGUCCUUGGGUUUUGUUGUCUUGUUCCGUUGGGGUUUAGACUGUCUGCCUGUUUGUAGCAGCAGCUUCAGAGUUUAGACUGUCUGUAUGAACUUGGACGGGAUUGCAGCUUCGGAGUUUAGACUGUCUGUAUGAACUUGGACGGGAUUUGAA